AUGACACAGUCUGCACAGAUGCUCCUCACCAUGCAAACAGGUCGCCCUGAAGCUACGUCACAGAAAAAAAUGCCAUUGCCCACAUCACCAAUGAUCUCCUGGGCAGGGACUCUCUCGGUUAAGACCGAAAGUUCUACACACCCAGAGGUGACAAAUCUCAUGAGCAGAGGCCCUGAGGAUGUGUCAAGGACAGGUUCUUCCCUUGUGGCACCAAGCAGCUCUUCCUCCCUCGAAUCUAUUCCUGCCCCGACCUCACCUUCGCCUGUGUCUCCUGCAACAGCAGGAACUGGCCCGUCCUCUCCUUCUCCACUCACCACUCUCUGGACCUCUGGCCGUGUGAAGACCACAGACGUGGCGGGCACAAGCUGGGAUGCUGCCCAUUCCCUUGCAAAUGUGAGCGACACCACAGUUGAGACACUGGCCACCCCCCAAGCCCCCACCCAUACAGAGACUGUUCACCUUUCCAAAAGGACAGCCGUGAAAAAUGUGGGGUCCACCAGUUCUGGACUUGAAAUGCAUUCCUCUGUCCCAGCAGGCUCGGGGCCAUCCAAGGUCACUGCUCCAGUGGUUACCUCAGCCACCAUAAGGGAAACCACUGUUUCCACAUCAAUGCCUGGCUCUUCUGAAACUCCAUGGUUUGAGUCAGAACCAUCGUCCUCUGUGGCCCCCAGCCUGACGGCAACCAGCACCUCCCAACCGAUGGGCUCGGCCACGGAGACAAUGGCUGUCUUUUCCAGCAUGGCCACUGAUGGUAGGUCCGACGUCUCCAGGACAGAAGACAUGUCCUCUAUCAGGACACCCUUUUCUGGCCCUGCUCACUUCACCAUGACACCAGACACCCCCACAGGAAUGCCCAGGCUCUCUGCCUCCCCUGCCAUGACAGAACCUUCAGGAAUGUCCCCAACCAUGCAAACAGGUCACCCCAAAGCUACGUCACAGGACACAUCUUCCUUGGGUACGUCAAAAAUGGCCUUCUUGGCAGGGACUCACUCAGUCGCAACUGAAAGUAUAUCACACUCAGGGGUGACAACUAUUAUGAGCAGAGUUCCAGAUGAUUUGUCAGGAAUAAGCACCUCCUUUAUGAAUGAAAUCAGUUCCCCCUCAUUCCUGGUGUCGCUAUCUGCCACAAACGUACCUUCACCUUCUUCCUCCAAAUUACCAAGGUUCAGCUCCACCUCUCUCAGUCCAACGACCUCUUUUUUCAGUCCUGGCCUGGUGAGGGCCACAGACAUGGUAUUUAGAAGCUCUGAGCCUGGCACCAGUUCCCCUCCCAAUUUGAACAGCCCCUCCCUUGAGAUCCUGGCCAUUUCUGAAACUUCCACGGAUACAGAAGCAACUCACCUUGCCCAAAACACAAGUGCUGCAAGUGUGGGGACCGGCAGUUCUAGACACGAACUCCAUUCCUCUGUCCCGAUCUACUCUGAGUCAUCCAGGGUCACAUAUCCGGUGGAUACUGCCUCCUCUUUGGCGGAGGCCACUCUCUCCACAUCAUCAACACCUGUGUCCUUUACGACAACAACAUUUGAAACAGUGCCACUUUCGCAUCCAACUUCUGACCUGAAGGUGGCAAGCACAGCCGUGGACUUCAGCUCAGCUCCGUCUACUCCUAUGCCUUCACCUCCUCAGUCUACUCAUCUUGUGAGGAGUCCCUGGACUGGGGCCACAGAUAUUCUGCCCUCAGCUGAGACCUUGCCAGCUGACACAUUUUCACCCUCUUUGUCAGAAGCCAUGGCUUCCUUUGCGACGUCAGGAGUUCCAGGUGUCAGCUCCAUUGCCUGCUCAUCCGGUCCAUUUUGUAAAACAGAACCAGUCCUUGGGGAUGCUUCUUUGUCCCCCAUUGCAGGGAUCCUGCCUUCAUCAGCUUCAACAUCAUUCCCAUUUUCAACCUCCACUGCCACUGACUCUUCAACCAGCCCAGCCCCCCAUGGGAUUACUUCCGCACCAACCCCUCCACGUGCAGGAGAUGCCACCCGUGGGGCAGAGAUGAGCACUGGUGGUGGGCCCUUGGUUAUGGUCAGUAGUCUGGAAACUUGGACCCAGCCAGUCAGGACGUCUUUAUCACCCCCUAUGGAUACCAGAAUAACACAGAACAUGGACUCGGGAACAGCGACAAGUGCUUCUCAAGUAUCUCCACACUCAACACAGUUGACAAGACUACCAUCAGGAGGGACAGAGAGGGCACAGACCACUGCCGCCGCAACCUCAGCCACCAGAGUGUCUACUCCCACUUUGGGAAUGCUGACUGUCCUCAGGACAUCGGGUAAGACGGCCAGCACAAGCACAACAGGAGCGAUCAGCACAACCUCAGAUGUUUCCCCUGACGUUCUGGGCAGGACAGCCUCCUCGGCCACCAGACUGGGAGCAGAGACGAGCAGCACAGCAGUGUCCAGAACAACCCCGUCCACGUUCAAGAGAAGAUCAGCAACCACGCCUGCACUGGCCAUUGGUUCUGGGGCGGAGACCAAUACAGCUUUUCCAACUCUGGCUGUUUCCUUUGAUACAGGAGACUCCUUGGUCACCCAAACUGCAGAAUCCAGCCCAACAGUUACCAGGACAGUUCCCAGUGCUUCCCAUACUGAAUCAGACAGUAAACCUUCGAUGGCCACUACAACAAACCCUGGGGCAGAAGCCACUUCAGCCAUUCCAAAGACAACCGUCUCCCCUGGUGUGUCAGGGCUGGCGACCUCAUGGCUUGCUACUUCUAGGGCAGGAGCAGGUGCAAGUUUUCCAACGCUGACGGAUUCUCCACGUAAACCGGACGCCACCAUGUCCUGGGCCACCCAGUCUGAGACGGAGGCAAGUUCAGUUGUUCCAACCCUGACUGUUCCCCCCGAUGAACCACAUACGAGAGUCUCCUUGGUCACCCGCCCUGCCGGGUCCAGCCCAACGGUUCCCGGGACAGCUCCCAGUGCUUCCCAUGGUGAAUCGGGCAGCGCACCCUCGGUGGCCACCAGUCCUGGGGCGGAAACCGGGUCAACUCUCCCGGUUAGGCCUGGCCUACCUGUUGUAUCAGGGGUGGUGACCACACAGGCCACGAGUUCUGGGGCCGAGACCGGCGCAACGUCUUCACCUUCGCCUGAUUCCCAAGUUCCUCUGGAGGCCACAGACUCAUGGGCCACCCACCCUGGAGCACAAGCCAGUUCAGCGGUGCCAACGAUGACUGGUUCCCCUGAUGUAUCGAGCUCCGCGAGCUCACUGGCCACCAGUUCUGGGACAGAGACCGGCACAACUUCUUCACCUUUGCCUGAUUCCCAACCUCCUCAGGAGACCACAGCCUCAUGGGCCACCCAGUUUGGCACAGAAUCCGUGUCAGCCUUUCCAACUCCGACUGUUUCCCCUGAUGAACCAGAUACAAGAGUCUCCUUCAACACCCACCCUCCAGAGUCCAGCCCAGCUGCACCCAGGACAGCUCCCAGUGUUUCCCAUAGGCAACCAGACAGCGUGCCCUCGGUGGCCACCAGCUCUGGGGCAGAAACCAGAUCAACUCUUCCAGCUAGGACCGUCCAACCUGCUGUCCCAGGGGUGGCGACCUCACUGGCCGCGAGUUCUGGGGCUGAGAGCAGCGCACCUUCUUCAACGUUGCCUGAUUCCCAAGGUCCCUUGGGGACCACAGCCUCACGGGCCACCCAGUUUGGCACGCAAGCCGGGUCAGCUGGUCCAACUCCGACUGGGCCCCCUGGUGAACCAGGCUCAACAGUUCCUGUGGUCACCCAUCCCCCAGAGACCAGCCCAGUUGUUUCCCAAACAACCCCCAGUGUUUCCCACACUGAAUUCGGCAGGGCAGUCUCAACAGGCACAGGUCCUGGGGCAGGAGCCAGUUCAACUGUCUCCACUCGGACUGUCUCAUCUGCUGGACCCGCGACGGUGACCGCACAGGCUACCGUUUCUGGGGCAGAGACCAGUACAACUUUUCCAACUUUGACCACUUCCCCCGAUCAACCGGAAGACACACCUUCACGGACCACGCAUUAUGGGAGAGAAGCCAGUUCAGCUGGUUCAACUCAGACCGAUUCCUCUGGGGAGCCAGAUACAACAGUCCUGUUGGUCACCCUUCCUGGGGAGACCAGCCCAGCGGUCUCCAGGACGAUGCCCGAUGUUUCCCAUGGCAUAUUAGACAGCGUACCCUCACGGAUCGCCAGCCCCGGCACAGAAGCCGGGUCAGCUGCUCCCACGGUGACGGUCUCCUCUGGUGUCCCGGAUGCGGUCACCCUAGAGGUCCCUGGCUCUGAGACGGGUGGCAAUACAGGUAUUCCAAGCCUGACUCUUUCUCCUGGUGGAGCAGCGACCACAGCCUCACUGGCCACCCAUCCUGUGGUGCACACCGGUUCAGCCAGCCCACAUCCAGCCGUCUCCUCUACUGUGCCGGGGCCGGUCACCUCACUGGUCACCACUUCUGGGGAAGAGACCAACAAAACUUUUCCAACGCUGACUCAUCCCCCACAUGGGCCAGAGACCACAGGCUCGUGGGUCACCCAUGCUGAGACAGAAGCCAGGUCCAUUGUUCCAUCUGUGACCAGCCCGCGUGGUGAGGAGACAGAAACGGCAGCCCCAGGGUUCCUUUCUGCGGGGACCAGCACGCCUGCUUCCGGAACAAGUCCGCGUUUUUCCCCUAAUGAAUCUGGAAACUUGCCCUCAACAUCCACCGGUCCUGGGGCAGAAGCCACUUCAGCCAUUCCAACGACAACCGUCUCCCCUGGUGUGUCAGGGCUGGCGACCUCAUGGCUUGCUACUUCUAGGGCAGGAGCAGGUGCAAGUUUUCCAACGCUGACGGAUUCUCCACGUAAACCGGACAGCGUGCCCUCGGUGGCCACCAGCUCUGGGGCAGAAACCAGAUCAACUCUUCCAGCUAGGACCGUCCAACCUGCUGUCCCAGGGGUGGCGACCUCACUGGCCGCGAGUUCUGGGGCUGAGAGCAGCGCACCUUCUUCAACGUUGCCUGAUUCCCAAGGUCCCUUGGGGACCACAGCCUCACGGGCCACCCAGUUUGGCACGCAAGCCGGGUCAGCUGGUCCAACUCCGACUGGGCCCCCUGGUGAACCAGGCUCAACAGUUCCUGUGGUCACCCAUCCCCCAGAGACCAGCCCAGUUGUUUCCCAAACAACCCCCAGUGUUUCCCACACUGAAUUCGGCAGGGCAGUCUCAACAGGCACAGGUCCUGGGGCAGGAGCCAGUUCAACUGUCUCCACUCGGACUGUCUCAUCUGCUGGACCCGCGACGGUGACCGCACAGGCUACUGUUUCUGGGGCAGAGACCAGUACAACUUUUCCAACUUUGACCACUUCCCCCGAUCAACCGGAAGACACACCUUCACGGACCACGCAUUAUGGGAGAGAAGCCAGUUCAGCUGGUUCAACUCAGACCGAUUCCUCUGGGGAGCCAGAUACAACAGUCCUGUUGGUCACCCUUCCUGGGGAGACCAGCCCAGCGGUCUCCAGGACGAUGCCCGAUGUUUCCCAUGGCAUAUUAGACAGCGUACCCUCACGGAUCGCCAGCCCCGGCACAGAAGCCGGGUCAGCUGCUCCCACGGUGACGGUCUCCUCUGGUGUCCCGGAUGCGGUCACCCUAGAGGUCCCUGGCUCUGAGACGGGUGGCAAUACAGGUAUUCCAAGCCUGACUCUUUCUCCUGGUGGAGCAGCGACCACAGCCUCACUGGCCACCCAUCCUGUGGUGCACACCGGUUCAGCCAGCCCACAUCCAGCCGUCUCCUCUACUGUGCCGGGGCCGGUCACCUCACUGGUCACCACUUCUGGGGAAGAGACCAACAAAACUUUUCCAACGCUGACUCAUCCCCCACAUGGGCCAGAGACCACAGGCUCGUGGGUCACCCAUGCUGAGACAGAAGCCAGGUCCAUUGUUCCAUCUGUGACCAGCCCGCGUGGUGAGGAGACAGAAACGGCAGCCCCAGGGUUCCUUUCUGCGGGGACCAGCACGCCUGCUUCCGGAACAAGUCCGCGUUUUUCCCCUAAUGAAUCUGGAAACUUGCCCUCAACAUCCACCGGUCCUGGGGCAGAAGCCACUUCAGCCAUUCCAACGACAACCGUCUCCCCUGGUGUGUCAGGGCUGGCGACCUCAUGGCUUGCUACUUCUAGGGCAGGAGCAGGUGCAAGUUUUCCAACGCUGACGGAUUCUCCACGUAAACCGGGCGCCACCAUGUCCUGGGCCACCCAGUCUGAGACGGAGGCAAGUUCAGUUGUUCCAACCCUGACUGUUCCCCCCGAUGAACCACAUACGAGAGUCUCCUUGGUCACGCGCCCUGCCGGGUCCAGCCCAACGGUUCCCGGGACAGCUCCCAGUGCUUCCCAUGGUGAAUCGGGCAGCGCACCCUCGGUGGCCACCAGUCCUGGGGCGGAAACCGGGUCAACUCUCCCGGUUAGGCCUGGCCUACCUGUUGUAUCAGGGGUGGUGACCACACAGGCCACGAGUUCUGGGGCCGAGACCGGCACAACGUCUUCACCUUCGCCUGAUUCCCAAGUUCCUCUGGAGGCCACAGACUCAUGGGCCACCCACCCUGGAGCACAAGCCAGUUCAGCGGUGCCAACGAUGACUGGUUCCCCUGAUGUAUCGAGCUCCGCGAGCUCACUGGCCACCAGUUCUGGGACAGAGACCGGCACAACUUCUUCACCUUUGCCUGAUUCCCAACUUCCUCAGGAGACCACAGCCUCAUGGGCCACCCAGUUUGGCACAGAAUCCGUGUCAGCCUUUCCAACUCCGACUGUUUCCCCUGAUGAACCAGAUACAAGAGUCUCCUUCAACACCCACCCUCCAGAGUCCAGCCCAGCUGCACCCAGGACAGCUCCCAGUGUUUCCCAUAGGCAACCAGACAGCGUGCCCUCGGUGGCCACCAGCUCUGGGGCAGAAACCAGAUCAACUCUUCCAGCUAGGACCGUCCAACCUGCUGUCCCAGGGGUGGCGACCUCACUGGCCGCGAGUUCUGGGGCUGAGAGCAGCGCACCUUCUUCAACGUUGCCUGAUUCCCAAGGUCCCUUGGGGACCACAGCCUCACGGGCCACCCAGUUUGGCACGCAAGCCGGGUCAGCUGGUCCAACUCCGACUGGGCCCCCUGGUGAACCAGGCUCAACAGUUCCUGUGGUCACCCAUCCCCCAGAGACCAGCCCAGUUGUUUCCCAAACAACCCCCAGUGUUUCCCACACUGAAUUCGGCAGGGCAGUCUCAACAGCCACAGGUCCUGGGGCAGGAGCCAGUUCAACUGUCUCCACUCGGACUGUCUCAUCUGCUGGACCCGCGACGGUGACCGCACAGGCUACUGUUUCUGGGGCAGAGACCAGUACAACUUUUCCAACUUUGACCACUUCCCCCGAUCAACCGGAAGACACACCUUCACGGACCACGCAUUAUGGGAGAGAAGCCAGUUCAGCUGGUUCAACUCAGACCGAUUCCUCUGGGGAGCCAGAUACAACAGUCCUGUUGGUCACCCUUCCUGGGGAGACCAGCCCAGCGGUCUCCAGGACGAUGCCCGAUGUUUCCCAUGGCAUAUUAGACAGCGUACCCUCACGGAUCGCCAGCCCCGGCACAGAAGCCGGGUCAGCUGCUCCCACGGUGACGGUCUCCUCUGGUGUCCCGGAUGCGGUCACCCUAGAGGUCCCUGGCUCUGAGACGGGUGGCAAUACAGGUAUUCCAAGCCUGACUCUUUCUCCUGGUGGAGCAGCGACCACAGCCUCACUGGCCACCCAUCCUGUGGUGCACACCGGUUCAGCCAGCCCACAUCCAGCCGUCUCCUCUACUGUGCCGGGGCCGGUCACCUCACUGGUCACCACUUCUGGGGAAGAGACCAACAAAACUUUUCCAACGCUGACUCAUCCCCCACAUGGGCCAGAGACCACAGGCUCGUGGGUCACCCAUGCUGAGACAGAAGCCAGCACGCCUGCUUCCGGAACAAGUCCGCGUUUUUCCCCUAAUGAAUCUGGAAACUUGCCCUCAACAUCCACCGGUCCUGGGGCAGAAGCCACUUCAGCCAUUCCAACGACAACCGUCUCCCCUGGUGUGUCAGGGCUGGCGACCUCAUGGCUUGCUACUUCUAGGGCAGGAGCAGGUGCAAGUUUUCCAACGCUGACGGAUUCUCCACCUCCCAGUGCUUCCCAUGGUGAAUCGGGCAGCGCACCCUCGGUGGCCACCAGUCCUGGGGCGGAAACCGGGUCAACUCUCCCGGUUAGGCCUGGCCUACCUGUUGUAUCAGGGGUGGUGACCACACAGGCCACGAGUUCUGGGGCCGAGACCGGCACAACGUCUUCACCUUCGCCUGAUUCCCAAGUUCCUCUGGAGGCCACAGACUCAUGGGCCACCCACCCUGGAGCACAAGCCAGUUCAGCGGUGCCAACGAUGACUGGUUCCCCUGAUGUAUCGAGCUCCGCGAGCUCACUGGCCACCAGUUCUGGGACAGAGACCGGCACAACUUCUUCACCUUUGCCUGAUUCCCAACCUCCUCAGGAGACCACAGCCUCAUGGGCCACCCAGUUUGGCACAGAAUCCGUGUCAGCCUUUCCAACUCCGACUGUUUCCCCUGAUGAACCAGAUACAAGAGUCUCCUUCAACACCCACCCUCCAGAGUCCAGCCCAGCUGCACCCAGGACAGCUCCCAGUGUUUCCCAUAGGCAACCAGACAGCGUGCCCUCGGUGGCCACCAGCUCUGGGGCAGAAACCAGAUCAACUCUUCCAGCUAGGACCGUCCAACCUGCUGUCCCAGGGGUGGCGACCUCACUGGCCGCGAGUUCUGGGGCUGAGAGCAGCGCACCUUCUUCAACGUUGCCUGAUUCCCAAGGUCCCUUGGGGACCACAGCCUCACGGGCCACCCAGUUUGGCACGCAAGCCGGGUCAGCUGGUCCAACUCCGACUGGGCCCCCUGGUGAACCAGGCUCAACAGUUCCUGUGGUCACCCAUCCCCCAGAGACCAGCCCAGUUGUUUCCCAAACAACCCCCAGUGUUUCCCACACUGAAUUCGGCAGGGCAGUCUCAACAGCCACAGGUCCUGGGGCAGGAGCCAGUUCAACUGUCUCCACUCGGAAUGUCUCAUCUGCUGGACCCGCGACGGUGACCGCACAGGCUACUGUUUCUGGGGCAGAGACCAGUACAACUUUUCCAACUUUGACCACUUCCCCCGAUCAACCGGAAGACACACCUUCACGGACCACGCAUUAUGGGAGAGAAGCCAGUUCAGCUGGUUCAACUCAGACCGAUUCCUCUGGGGAGCCAGAUACAACAGUCCUGUUGGUCACCCUUCCUGGGGAGACCAGCCCAGCGGUCUCCAGGACGAUGCCCGAUGUUUCCCAUGGCAUAUUAGACAGCGUACCCUCACGGAUCGCCAGCCCCGGCACAGAAGCCGGGUCAGCUGCUCCCACGGUGACGGUCUCCUCUGGUGUCCCGGAUGCGGUCACCCUAGAGGUCCCUGGCUCUGAGACGGGUGGCAAUACAGGUAUUCCAAGCCUGACUCUUUCUCCUGGUGGAGCAGCGACCACAGCCUCACUGGCCACCCAUCCUGUGGUGCACACCGGUUCAGCCAGCCCACAUCCAGCCGUCUCCUCUACUGUGCCGGGGCCGGUCACCUCACUGGUCACCACUUCUGGGGAAGAGACCAACAAAACUUUUCCAACGCUGACUCAUCCCCCACAUGGGCCAGAGACCACAGGCUCGUGGGUCACCCAUGCUGAGACAGAAGCCAGGUCCAUUGUUCCAUCUGUGACCAGCCCGCGUGGUGAGGAGACAGAAACGGCAGCCCCAGGGUUCCUUUCUGCGGGGACCAGCACGCCUGCUUCCGGAACAAGUCCGCGUUUUUCCCCUAAUGAAUCUGGAAACUUGCCCUCAACAUCCACCGGUCCUGGGGCAGAAGCCACUUCAGCCAUUCCAACGACAACCGUCUCCCCUGGUGUGUCAGGGCUGGCGACCUCAUGGCUUGCUACUUCUAGGGCAGGAGCAGGUGCAAGUUUUCCAACGCUGACGGAUUCUCCACGUAAACCGGGCGCCACCAUGUCCUGGGCCACCCAGUCUGAGACGGAGGGUAGUUCUCCUAUUUUACCUUUUACUGUGUCCCCGGGGGAACCAGAUAGACCAGUUUCCUUUGUCACCCAUGUGGUAGAGACCAGCCUAAUGGUGUCCCAAACAACCACCAACAUUUCCGAUAGUUUUCCAGAGCCCACAGCCUCUGUGGCUACCAACUUUGGGAUAGAAUCCAGUUCAGCGUUUCCUACUCUUACUGUCUCUCCUGGUGUACCAGGUAAGCUGACCUCCCAGGUCGCCAUUAGUGAGACAGAUGCCAGAACAGCUACUCCAUCUUCAACUCUUUCUCCUAAUAUACCAGUGACUACAGCCUCAUUGGUCACCCACCCCACUGCAGAGACAAGCACAAGUUCUCCUGCGUCAACUCUUUUUCCCCAUAUGCCAGGCAUCACAGCCUCACCAUCCAUCCAGCCUGGGUUGGAUGUUAGCGCACCUCUUCCAUCUGAGACUGCUUCCCUCAGUCCACCAAAAACUGCGUCCUCUCUCUUCACCACACUUGUGAAUGAGGCCAGCAGAGUUGACCUGGGUCCAACAGCCUCACUCCGCGUUCCUGUGGGAACAGGCUCCCUCUACACCCGUUCUGAGACAGGCCUCAGUGCGACUAUUUCAACUUCUACUCUUUUCCAUGGUUUGUCAGGGGCCACAGGCUUCCUGGCCCCCAGCCCUGCAUCAGAGGCUGGUACAGACAUUCCAAUUCUGCCUGCUUCCCCUGAGGUUCCCGAGCCUUCCCGCACCCCUGCAGCCUCCGGUAAACCUGACACUGUAACUUCCUGGAGCACACAAACCUCACCACCUGCAACCUCAGCUGGACUCCCAGAGUUUUCCAGGACUGUGACAGGCAGCACUGUGACCUUGAGUACAUUUAAAACCCUUCGUGAAGGAUCAAGUCCAACCACUGUCCCAAAAACUACAGCCCUUGAGACCACCAGCUUAGCAGCCACAGGUUCCAGCCCUACCAUGGCCAAGAGGACAACCACCUUCAGUAGACUGUCUGAAAGUCCUUUUGUCCCUGUGACCACACCUGAGAUGUCCACAUCAGCCUAUGCAAGUGUGACUUCAGGAACAGCUGCAGUUCCUUUCCUGAUGCCUUUUACUGUCAACUUCACCAUCACCAACCUGCACUACAGGGAGGACAUGGGAAACUUGGGCUCUGAGAUAUUCAGUGUCACUGAGAGAUCCCUGCAGAAACUGCUGGGGCCCUUGUUCAAGAACAGCAGCAUCGGUUCUCUCUAUGCUGGCUGCAGACUGACCUCGCUCAGGGCUGAAAAGGAGGGGACAGGCACCACAGUGGAUUUGAUCUGCACCCACCACCCGGGUCCCACAGGCGUCGGGCUGGACAGAGAACGGCUGUACCGGGAGCUGAGCCAGCAGACCCGCGGCGUCACGCAGCUGGGCCCCUACAGCCUGGACAGGAAGAGUCUCUUCGUCAGUGGUUAUAGCCAUCGGUACUGGACCCCCACCACUAGCACCCUAGUGACCUCCACAUUCUCUCCAGGACCCCCAGCGUCUCUGAGCCCCACCCCCAGCUCUACAGCUGCAGAUGUGGGCCCAGCCCCAGUGCCUUUCACCCUCAAUUUCACCAUCACCAACGUGCUCUACACCCCAGACAUGAGCCUCCCAGGCUCUGCGAAGUUCAACUCCACUGAGAGGGUUCUGAAUCACCUGCUUGUUCCUUUGUUCAAGAACACCAGCAUCGGUCCACUGUACUCUGGCUGCAGGCUGGCCCAGCUCAGGAUGGAGAAGAACAGGGCAACAACUGGAGUGGACAUCGUCUGCACCUACCACCCUGACCCCAUGGGCCCUGGGCUGGACAUAGAGAAGUUGUACCAGGAGCUGAGUUGGCUGACCCAUGGCGUCACCCUGCUGGGCACCUACACCCUGGACAGAGACAGUCUUUACGUCAAUGGUUAUAGCCGUCGCACCUGGACCCCCGCCACAAGCAGCGAUUUCUCUUCAGCCGCUAUGACCUCCAAGCUCUUCCCAAGGACCUCGCUGGCACCAGCCCCCUUCCCCAGCUCCACAGCAGCUGCCCCUUCCCUGGUGCCGUUCACCCUCAAGUUCACCAUCACCAACCUGCACUAUGAGGAGGACAUGCGGCACCCAGGCUCCAGGAAGUUCAAUGCCACAGAGAGGAUCUUGCAGGAUCUGCUCAAGUCUGCGUUCAAGAACAGCAGUCUGAGACUACUCUACGCAGGCUGCAGACUAGCUUCACUCAGCCCUGAGAAGGAAGAGGCAGCCACCAGAGUGGACGUCAUCUGCACUCAUCACCCUGACCCUGAAGGCCCUGGACUAGACCGAGAACGGCUAUACUGGGAGCUGAGACAGCUGACCCAUGGCAUCACCACACUGGGACCCUACAUGCUGGACAGGGACAGUCUCUAUGUCAAUGAUUUCACCCAUCGGAGCCCCACACUUCUCACCAGCACGCCUGGGACCUCCCCGGUGGACCUAGGGAACUUGGGGACCCCAUCUUCCUUCUCCAGCCCCGCAGUUGCAGCAACAAGCCCUACCCUGGUGCCAUUUACCCUCAACUUUACCAUCACAAACCUGCCAUACGUGCCAGACAUGGGACGUCCAGGAUCUGCAAAGUUUAAUAUGACAGAAGAGGUCCUGCAGCCCAUUCUUGGCUCUUUGUUCAAGAGCAGCAGCAUCGGCCCACUGUAUUCCAACUGCAGGCUGGCCUCACUCAGGCCCGCGAAGGACGGAUCGGCCACCAGAGUGGACAUCGUCUGCACCUACCACCCCCAGCCCACAAGCACUGGGCUGGACAGAGAGCAGCUGUACAGGGAGCUGAGCCAUGGGACGCAUGGUGCCACCCAGCUGGGCCCCUUCGCGCUGGACAGGAACAGCCUUUAUGUCGACGGUUACACACCCCAGGCCCUGACCUCCGCCCCCAGCCCUGCUGUGGCCUCCACCAUCGCCCCAGCAACUUCAGGGACCCCAGUUCCAGUCUCCAUAGCUGCUGGCCCUGCCCUGGUGCCCUUCACCCUCAACUUCACCAUCACUAACCUGCACCACACGGAAGACAUGCAGCCAGGCUCUGCGAAGUUCAACUCCACACAGUCAUUUCUACAAUAUCUGCUCAAGCCCUUGUUUGCCAACAGCAGCAUUGGUUCACUUUAUACUGGCUGCAGACUGACCACACUCAGGCCUGAAAAGGGUGGAGCAGCCACUGGAGUUGAUGCCAUUUGUACACACCAUCCUGACCCUACAGGCUUCGUACUGGACAGGGAGCAGCUCUACUGGGAGCUGAGCCACCAGACCCAUGGUGUCACCCGGCUUGGUCACUACAUCCUGGACAGGGAUCGCCUCUAUGUCAAUGGUUACACCAGCCCAGCCCGGACCUCCAUUCCCACUGUUUCUGUGACCUCCACACCCUCCUUGGGAAACUUGCCAGCUCUAACCCCCUCCAGUUCAACAGUCUCUGGCCCUGCCCUGGUGCCUCUCACCCUUAACUUCACCAUCACCAACCUGCACUACAUGAAGGACAUGCAGCUUCCGGGCUCAGUGAAGUUCAUCAAAAUAGAGAAGAUCCUGCAGCACCUGCUCAGACCCUUGUUUAAGAACACCAGUAUUGGCCUCCUCUACCCCAGCUGCAGACUUGACUUGCUCAGGCCUGAGCGCGAUGGAGCAGCCACCAGCGUGGACAUCGUCUGCAACCACCGCCCUGACCCUGUAGGCCCCGGGCUGGACAGAGAGCGGCUCUACUGGGAGCUAAGCCAGCUGACCCAAAGCGUCGCCAAGCUGGGCCCCUACACCCUGGACCAGGGCAGUCUCUCUGUCAACGGCUACACCCAGCAGACUUCAGAAACCACCCCCAGGGCCACGGGACGACCCCCGGUGCCAUUCACCCUCAACUUCACCAUCACCAACCUGCACUACGUGGAGAACAUGAGGUCUCCAGGCUCCUUGAAAUUCAACACGACGGAGAAGUUCCUGCAGCGCCUGCUCAAGCCCUUGUUCCAGAAUACUAGCGUGGGCACGCUCUUCUCAGGCUGCAGACUGACCCUCCUCAGGCCCAAGAAGGGUGGGUCAGCCACUGGAGUGGACGUUGUCUGCACUCACCAUCCUGAUCCUGUGGGUGCCGGGCUGGACAGCGAGCGGCUAUACCGGGAGCUGAGCCAGCUGACUCGUGGUUUCACCCAUCUGGGCCCCUACACCCUGGACCAGGACAGUUUCUACAUCAAUGGUUACACCCACCAGACCCAGACCAGCACCCCCAGGAGUUACACCCAUUUGGUCUCAGCCACCACCCCCAAAACCACUGGCCCCACCCUGCUGUUCUUCACCCUGAACUUCACCAUCACCAACAUGCACUACACAGAGGACAUGGGGCACCCAGCUUCCUUGAAGUUCAAUUCCACUGAGAGGAUCCUACAGCACCAGCUGCGGCUCUUGCUCCGUAACAGCCGCGUCGGCCCCCUCUACUCUCGCUGCAGACUGGCCUCGCUCAGGCUGGAGAAGCACGGAGCGGCCACCAGGGUGGACAUGGUCUGCACCUACCACCCUGACCUUGCAGGCCCCGGGCUGGACAGGGAGCAGCUGUACUGGGAGCUGAGCCGUAAGACCCGUGGUGUCACUCGGCUGGGCUCCUUCACCCUGGACAGGGACAGCCUUCACGUCAAUGGUUACACCUACGGGGCCACAGCCUUGAUGCCCACUGCUGCAGAGGUCAACGAGGAGCCUUUCACGCUGAAUUUCACCAUCAACAACCUGCGCUACUCAGCAGACAUGGGUCAUCCAGGCUCCCUCAAGUUCAACAUCACUAACACGCUUAUGCAGCAUCUGCUCAGCCAGUUGUUCUGGAGGAGCAGCCUUGGCCCCCGAUAUGCAGGUUGCAGAGUCACCUCGCUAAGGUCUGUGAGGAAUGGCGCCAAGACGGGGGUGGACUUUCUCUGCACCUACCGGCAGCUCCCCAGUGGCUCAGGUCUGCCUGCCGAGCAGGUGUUCCGUGAGCUGAGCUGGCAGACCCGGGGCAUCACUCGGUUGGGCCCCUACUCUCUGGAUAAGGACAGCCUCUACCUCAACGGUUAUAAUGAACCCGGUCCGGAUGAGCCUCCUCCAAGCCCCGAGCCAGCCCCCACAUUCCUGCCCACCUCGUCAUCCCCUGUGCAACCAGAAACAACCACAGCUCUGUUGCGCAACCUGGAGACCCUCACACUCAACCUCACCAUCUCCAACCUCCGGUAUUCACCAGACAUGAGCAGUGGUUCAGCCAUAUUCGGCUCCACUGCGAGUGUCCUGCAGCACCUGCUCAGAUCCUUGUUCAAGAAGAGCAGUCUGGGCUCCUACUGCUUGGAUUGCAGACUGACCUCCCUCAGGCCUGAGAAGGGCGGGGCAGCCACCAGCAUGGAGGCCGUCUGCACCUACCACCCUGACCCCCUGGACCACGGGCUAGACAGAGAUCGACUUUACUGGGAGCUGAGCCAGCUGACCCACCGUGUUACCCAGCUGGGCCCCUACAUGCUGGUCCCGGGCAGCCUCUUUGUCAAUGGCUACGCCCCUCAGAGUGUAUUUAUCCAGAGUGAGUACCAGCUAAAUUUCCGCAUCAUCAACUGGAACCUCAGCAACCCAGACCCCAUGUCCUCCGAGUACACCGCCCUGCUGAGGGACAUCCAAGACAAGGUCACCAAACUUUACAGAGGCAGCCAGCUACGAGAUGUAUUCCACUCCUGCUUGGUUACCGACUUGAAGUUGGGCUCCAUGUCAGUCACCGUCCAGGAGCUGUUCUCCUCCAGUGUAGACCCCAGCAUGGUGAAGCAAGUCUUUCUGCACAAGACCCUCAAUGCUUCAUCCCACUGGCUGGGCGCCACCUAUCAUUUGGUGGAUAUUCAAGUGACAGAAGUGGAGACAUCUGUUCAUCUGCCGACAGACAGACCAACAAGUGGUCCCAACCCUCAGCACUUCCAGCUGAAUUUCACCGUCACCAACCUACCGUAUGUUCGGGAUAUAGCCCAGCCAGGCACCACCAAACACCAGCGGAACAAGAGAAGUAUGGAGAAUGCGCUCAACCAUCUCUUCCAAAACAGCAGCAUCAAGAGUUACUUUUCUGACUGUCAAGUUUUAGCAUUCAGGUCUGUCCCCCACAGCAACCACACUGGGGUGGAUUCCCUCUGUCACGUCUCACCAUCAGGACAGAGAAUGGACAGAGUUGCCAUCUAUGAGGAAUUCCUGCAGCUGACCCGGAAUGGUACCCAGCUGCAGAACUUCACCCUGGACAGGAACAGUGUCCUAGUGGACGGCUAUGCUCCAAGCAGACACGAUGCCCUCACUGAGCAUUCGGACCUCCCCUUCUGGGCCAUCAUCCUCACCUGCUUGGCUGGACUCUCGGCACUCAUCACAUGCCUGAUCUGCUGUUUCCUGGUCACCAUGUGCCGGAGGAAGAAGGAGGGAGAUUUUGAGAUUCAGCAAGGACGCCUGGAGCCCGCCACACCCAGACUCGAGGACACUGCAAGGACGAGACCUGCCUGA